GGGAGCAUGACCAGACGUGUGUGUGUGUGGAGAUGGAGCACUUUAAAGGAGGAAAGAGAAUCAAUUUCGGUAGGUUUUCAGUCUGUGGUGCAGAAGACUGCCAGGCUUCAGGAAGGGUGUGAUUACACUAGAGAAGGUGCGGAGAAGACUUACAAGGAUAUUGUAAAUUGGAAGGCUCGAGUUAUCAGGAGAGAUUGGACAAGAUAGCCCUGUUUUCCCUGGUGUGAAGAAGACUCAUCAUAGCCAUUAUGUGCUGUGUGAUUUAGCCAGUUAUGGAGACCACAAUCUCCUUGGCAAAUCGUUCUGCAGAAGUGAUUGGACAUUGCCUUCUGGGCAGUGUCUUUACAAGCAGGUGACCCCAGCCAUUAUCAAUGCUCUUCAGAGAUUGUCUGCCUGGCGUCAGUGGUCGCAUGACCAAGACUUGUGAUCUGCAUCGGCUGCUCGUAUGACCGUCCACCACCUGCUCCCACGGCUUCACGUGACCCUGACUGAGGGGAUACUCUAGUGCCACACCUUGCCUAACGGUGACCUGCCGGCUAGUGGAGGGAAGGAGCUCCUUACACCUCCUUUGGUAGAGACGUAUCUCCACACCACCACCCAUAGAGGUGGCUAAAAGACAUUAGCAGAAUGCACAAAGGAAAUGGACCCCGACACAUGGAAUGCCUACCACAUUGUCAGCAACCAGGCCUGCUCUCUGUGCUACACGGCCCAGCAGCAGGAGUUCAGGAGGAGGACAGAGAUGACAGUGAACUCUUUAGCGGCCUCAGCUUCCAGUCAGUUGGAAGUCAUGACACUUCUGAAGGAUGGACAAAAAGAGCUGUGAGAGCUGACUGCCUCUUCGUUACAGAAGAUUCUUCACUGCUGCAGCAAGAACAGCUACAAGGCGGACAGCAAGACCUGGAGUCCUCCAUUAAUGGAAAUCUGGAGAGGCUGACCGAAGAAAAGGAGCUGAUUGCUAGCGGCCACCAGCAAGUCACGAAGCUGAUUGAUGGCAUCACACUAACCAUGGAAAAUGUCAGUAAACGGUUGACUCACCAGGACUUGCAGCUCCAAGAAAGUCACCAAGCAAUUCUAACUGACCUCCUGGAGGUCAGAGCACGUGCUCGACAGAUCUACACCAAACUGGAGUCGAACCUGGUCCAUUUUGCUGCCCAGCAGUCCCAGACGGCCAACCACUAUGACCAGUUGAUGGAUAAGCUGCAGACGGUUACUGUGGUGGUGCACGUGCUCGCCCAGCUGGAGAAAGGAGUGAACCAGAGACUGAACAGCUUCCUCCAGUGGACAGAUACGCAGCCACGUGCAUUUGUACCAGGUAAGUGUUCAUUUUCCAGGCUGGGAGAAGAACUGGAUAAACUAGAUCAAGGUGGCUUGCAAGGAGAGUAUGCUUUGGAAAAUGGUGACUUUAUCAGAAGCAGUGCACUAAUAACUGCUCCUGGUGAGGCAAUGCUCUGGCCUACAGUUCAUGUGCAGUACUCCUUCAAAAUCCCCGCAAGUUCAGUGCCCAUUCUGAAAAAAAGACCGAGGUUGACCAACUCUGCUCGAUGGGAGGCUGCUGAGAGAAAUGUUGCAGUUGAAGACCAUCAUCUCAAACAUUGUGCCCGUGUACUUGCAGCUGAAACCUUUAAUCAUGAUGAUUCAGCCGCCAGCACUAGAUCUGUCUCUUGGAGACAACCGUGCAGUGGCGUUACCAGGAAUGGGCAACCUUGUCGCAAUAGAGCAGCCACAGGUCAGGAAUUGUGCAGAGUCCACAAUUUGGGACAGACUUCGUACAGUUAAGUACAUCUCCACCUGCAUUACGUGGUCAUCGAGGUAAAACUGAAAAAUCCCCAUUUUGUGGUUUAAAACUGACCAAUUACUCCAGCAGUCUAGGUUCAUGAAGUUCAUCGAUUUACAUUGUUCAGACGUCUCUGAGUAAACCCACCAGCAGUCUGGGUCUGAACAUGACAGCAGGACUGUGGUUACGUGAAACCCGUGCAUUGGGGAAACAGUCAACCUCCACUGGAGCAAGAUCGCUGGCAGUGGAGCUUCAUCUCUCAAUACUGUCAAACCUGCAGUGUAUCACAGUAAGGCAUUUUAUCACUGAUUUUUAUCCUUUUUGAGUAUCAAAUUAAAACAUGGCUGUGGUGACUGUUACUGCCCUUGGGUAAUCUGCACAGGGCAAUGUUUUGUACUUUGAAAGAUGGAGAUUGGGCAGUAGGAACCUGUUGGUUGGCUUCUUGUUGCAAAAUUACAUUUCUCUUUCAGUGAAUUAAGAAUGUGGCUGUCAUCUGUAGAAAAUGCUAAAUGUACUGGUUUAACCCCACACAAACCAGGACUAGUUGUGUCUUCUACACAGCCAAUCGAGUUUGGCCUGUAGAAACAUCUCUACCUGUGUGCUCCAUACUUUUUAAAUCUUUGAAGGCUUGAAUCGUGUAUUUGGACUCGUUUUCAAUUUAAACUGGUUUUCUCUGCUGCCCAGCAAUUUAUCUGUUGCUUGGUGAGCUGAAACAGCACUAAGCGCAGGAAACGGGCUGCUGGCACAGUUUAUCCAGGUUCGCUGAGUUGUCACUACCCUGCUGUUCCCCUCUGACACCACCGUUGGCUGGGUGCUCUGCCGGAUUGUAAGAGGCGGGAAUACCCAGGUUUAGAUCCUAGGCUCUGUGUUCAUCUGUGUAACAGAUCACCUCAAGAGAAAAUCAGAGUCUGCACAGCAAAAACUGUCCUAAUAACAUGCACAAGAGCCAAGCUGGUUUCUAACCGAUGAAUAUUUAUCUCCAACGAGGAUCAGAAAAUCCAAGUGUUGGUGUCCUGGCACAUGAGGAGGUUGGCCUCGAUUGGACUGUGUUCCCUGUGGACAUUAAAUACUUGGUACGCGUUGGAAUUGCCAACCUAACACCAAAUUUCAAGACACAAUUUAAUAGAGGUCUAUCCUCAUGAGGAUUUUUAGUUUGGCAGCUUGGAGGAUCUGUAUUUCAAGAUUUCUAAACAAAGUAUUGGAGCAUUCUCACUGUGAAUUCAUAGAGCAGUUCUGCGGUUUCUUUGAAUAAAUAUAGGAUUGAACACCUACCUGCUGAUACUGACUGGAAUGAGCUGGUGCUUGGACGUAAUCCUCAACCGAACCUGUUUGGGUUCUAUGGUCAUUAAAUAAUAUUUAGACAAGUACCAUGGACACUGUGAUCCACCUUGUUAUCUGCCUGCUUUGUUCAAUUGUACCGUGAAAUCCUAUUUUAAACACCUAAUUUCACUUUUUGGUCAAACCCUGGUGAUUGUAUCUGGCCUUGUGUAAAAUGCUGUGUAACGGGGAACUCCAAUUUUACACUUUUUGGAGGAAUCUUAGUAACUGAUCAGUUUUGGGUCUAUUCGAAUCCCAAUGGGGUACUUGGCUAUGAAGUGUGGUCAUGCUGUAACCAGUUCAUUGUGGUAAAACAGGGGCUACCACCAGGCUGGACCUGUGUAAUGUUUUAAUUAUGUAAUAAAUGUAUAUUUUCUAACA